AGCGCUACUACCGCGCUACGUGCUAUACCCGUCCAGCGUGCUACCAAGCCAACGCCGCCUUGAUGGCGCAGCUGCAAGCCCACAUUGCAACCGGCGCGACGAACGCUUCAUCGGUCUUCCAGCAGCAGCCAUCCGAUGUGGUCUUGGCCAAGUACUACUCGUGCCUCGCCGCGUUCGCGUGUCCAUUGCACGGCGCGCAGCUUCGCGCCAGCAGCGACGAGACGCACAGUCUCUGGGUCGCCAACACGACGACAGAAUUUUCGACGCUCUUGGCUUACUCGUUUGGGGUCUUCAACCUCUCGACGGCCGGGCUCUUGUCCGUGCCAGGUGCCCUCGCAACGGCGCUCGCAGCACACGCACCCAGCGUCUUUGUGGAUGUGACGACGAGGGUGAACGACUUAGGUAUGCACAUCAACUUGACGUUUUCACCAAUGAUGCGUGGUCCGCUCCCGUUGCCGGUGGUCGUGUCGAGCUCGGCGCCGGCGACGAUCGCAAGGACGUCGAUGGCCACGCAGACGCUCGAUCCGAUUUCGCCCAGCGACAGCGAGGUCGUGCUCGAGACGCCGCUCUGUGCCGCCUGUGCCGCCAACUGUCUAAAGCGAGAUGGCUGUGCCCCUCUGCUUGUGUGCAAGGAGACGGCGGUUCAUCUGUCGGCCGCGCAGCUCUCGACGCGAGAACUGUUUGCCUCUAUCGACGUCACCAACGCGCUCACGGCGUGUGUCGAGAAUGCAACCGGCGCCGACACCCGUCUCUUCUUGGAAGCCAUGCACUGCCGGCUCGCGCACGACUGCCCGAUCGUGACGAGCUUGAGCGACAUUGUGCGCGGUCGCAUGCUUGCGCUCCGGAGCGUCGUCGGAGUCCAGUCUCUGGACAUCGCGUCGGGGAGCACGCUUCAUGUCGAUGGACCGACGCCAGCCACGCUGACCAUAUCACCGACCAAUGCCUCGGACGUCCUCUCGGCGUUCUUCGCACCGAUCGCAGACAUCACAUUGUCGACUUUGAAGAGCAGCGCAACAACACUCUUUGUUGUGUUUGCCAACUAUGCGACACGUCACCUGCCGUCGCUGUCUGUGACGGCAUCGUCCGUGGUGCAGUGGCCGCGCCUGCUGGUCUAUGUCGCACCGCUCGACAAGGCGCGGUUCGGGUUUCCAUACCACGCGUUUGUUUCGCCCACCGUACCGACGACCGCCGCCGCAACACCCAACCGCACGUGUGUCGCGUUGCAGCGCCCGGUCGGCGACUGCAUCGGCAGCUGUCCGGAGCUCCUGCGCCAAGUGGCAUCGGCGAUCGCUUUGGCCACCGAGGCCAUGACGUGGCAGCCUCCCGGAUCCACCUUGUCACUUCCGUUCAAUUGGCACGAGGCGUUUACGACGGCCGUGGCUGUCCAUCCCCAUGGCAUGCGGGCGUACCUCGCGACAAUGACGGCCCGUGACGUCGCCGGCUGUCCCGUGACGGCACGCUUGGACCUCGGGCUUCAAAUGACGCUUGUCUCGUCACCGCUCGUGCUCUCGGUGACGAUUCCGAGCCCAAAUGACAACGUCUCGUUGUCUGUGGGCGGCAUGGACGUCGGGACGAUUUCGCCCGCGUCGGACGCGCCCGCACAGAUACCACGCCUCCUCGCUGGCCUCGCCAAGGCGUCCGCCACCGUGCUCUCGUCGUCGCCCACUGCGCUCGUCUUGCAGCUCUCUCUCGACUCGUUUUACAGUCCAUCGUUGGAGCUGCGGGCGUUCAGUGGCGCGGUCUUGGGCGUCGAGAUCGUCGGUACACCCUCCCACGCGCUCGCGAUCGCUGCGCUCGACCCGACCGCCUUUGUGCCACACUAACACGACAACCAAGCAGUUUGUACGAGCACGACGUGUCGUUAAAGCAACGCUGGCGCUGUUUUUGCUGCCUGAUUUUGCUGCUGCUGCAGGAGCAGCCGCUCCUUUAGACUCG